AUGAGUACUAAGAAAAUUGAGCUCAAGGUCACCAUUAACUGCUUGAAAUGCAAGACUGAAAUUCUGAAAGCCGUCGCCAAACUUACAGCUGUUGAUUCGGUAACAGUGGAUGUUGAGAAGGGCACAUUAACUGUUGUGGGGGGUGUUGAUCCUGUGUGUAUCGUCACAUCCAUCAGAAAGACUGGAAAAUGUGCUGAAAUUACAAGUGUUGGGCCACCAAAGAAACCUGAACCUAAAAAAGAAUCUCCUAAAAAACCUUGCAAACUACCUGCAUGUUGUAAGCAAUGCCAACUUGUUGCUGUUCGCUACGAUACCUAUUAUGGUGGACCUUGUUCAAUUCUAUAA